GUUUAAUAAAUAAAUUUUUUUAUAAUAUUUUGUAUACCUUGACAUUUAAUUGAAACGAUAAAUACCCGUUCUUCCUUAAGUCUCUUUAAAUAAAAGUUAGAAAUGCUCGUUAAACUUCGUAAAUACCUGAUCUCACAUAUAACGCCCUGCUUCCGUCAUUUUUUUCUGCGGAAUUUUAAGUUGUGUCUCGUUGUUUUCGUUGUCAUCUUUACAAAAAGUUGACAUGACAGUGCUGCCAAAUUAAACUACGAGAUCAGGGAUCGCUCAACAAGCAAAAUAAAAAAAUUUCGUAUCAUAUUAUCCAUGUUGUGCUGAGUGGUUCUGUAAGGCUUUCGUGAACAUCACAGUAGAAAGUACUGAGGUGACCUUAUCUAAAAGUAAUUUAAAAAAAAUGUUGUUUAGCUAGUUUCUUUGCAUAUGGUAGCUUUUUCAUUGUAGUUGAAAAGUGCUCAUUGUGACGGGACUAUUACUAGAAUAAAUAAUUUGCUACCCCUUGGUGAAAGUGGAUUCAAACUUGAGUCGUUGAUUACGCCUGGUUUAAGUUUACAAUGGAAACUAAAAUAUACUGAAUAUUACGUGGUAAACCACUAAAAGAGAAGAACUAUUAUAUUUAUAUAGUUCCUAUUAUACAAAAAAUAUGGAAGUUAGUCGCUUUAAAACAAUUCAGUGAAGUAUUAAAAGGAUAAUUGUACACCUAAAAAUAAUGUAUUCUGUUAUUAACGUUGCUCUCUCCUAUUUGGUAAUUUUCUAUACCGCUAAUAUACCACAGUGUUGUGGGCACGGACGAUUGAUUGAACCACCUAGUAGAGCAUCAGCAUGGCGAUAUGGAUUUCAGACGCCACCUAAUUACAAUGACCACGAAUUAUAUUGUGGUGGAUUUACACGUCAAUGGAAGCAAAACAACGGCAAAUGCGGUGAGUGUGGUGACGCAUGGGAUUUACCUAAGCCAAGACCUCAUGAGUUCGGUGGUUUUUGGGGAAAAGGAGUAAUCGUAAGGAAAUACUCACCAGAAUCUCUUAUGCUUAUUCGUGUUGAACUCACAGCCAGUCACAUGGGGUAUUUUGAGUUUCGUAUUUGCUUACAACCAUAUGCCCAGCAGGAGUGUUUCGACCAACAUUUGUUGAAAAUACAGUCAGGAUUGCUGAGUCAAUCAAUGUCAACUGAUCUUGAAACUAGAUUUUAUCCGAGAAAUGGCAGUUUAAUAUAUGAUAUUAAAGCCCAACUUCCUAAAGGUUUGAAUUGUAAGCAUUGUGUCUUGCAAUGGCGUUAUUUAGCUGGUAAUAACUGGGGUAUUUGUCCGGAUGGAAAUGGUGCUCUAGGCUGUGGACCACAAGAAGAGUUUCGCGCUUGCUCUGACAUCGCAAUUAACGAUCACGAAAACAAACCGGAUUCUCCGUCCGAACCAAGGGCAACAGAAAAUCCAAAAUACGGACAGACACCCAAAGAACAUUUCGAAGAAUUCAAUUAUAUCAAACUGAUAAUUUCACUAAUUUUGCUAGUCAUUUUCUUUUUGACAGUUAGCGUUGGGUUUUUGUAUAGAGCGAAAAUUACUCGUUAUAUAAAAUUUAAUUUGUAUACCAGACUGCGCAAAGUACACCCGUUCUCAAUUAUUAAUAUUGCAUCUAAAGCCGUACCAUCUUUAAGCACUACCUCGCCUUCUUUAGAAGCUAAAACUUCAAAUACUGCUGAAAUUAAGCCUAGUUUGACACCACCAAUACCGCCACCAAGAUCAAAAAGAAACCUUCAAGUUUACAAUUUGGAAUUACGAUAGUUAAAUAAAGUAUAUAACUUUAUAAAAAUAGUUCAAAAAUUAAGAUCAAAAUAUUAGUGUAUAUAUAGAACAGUUUUGAGUUAUUUAUUUUUAAACAAAUCAAAUCUGUAUACUUGUUGGCGAUAGAAGAAUACACUGUUAUAGUAAUUAAAGGCAUGUGGUUUAUUUGGUUUAUUUUUUUGAAAUUUUUAAGUUAUCCUAAUAAUUUAAAAACCCGCAAAAUUCCAUGCCUUAAGGAAAUCAAAAGUUUUAGUCUAAACCUUAUGACUUUAGAUUGAUUCAAUUCAACAAAGUAAUGAAAAACUUAGAUUUACAACAUAAACAGAAGUUAAUUGAAAUUUGGUUUGAGUAGUAAAUAUUGUUAAACCGAUUCAGAAAAAAUAUAUUUUAGAAUUAUUUAUAUUUUAUAUAAAAUUAAAGCUUAAUUAUGGUAAGUCUAUACUGUUUAAGCAUUUCUUAUAUAAUCAAUUGUCUUGCGUACAAAUAAAAUAGUCCCCUUAUGAAAACGCAGUAACAAAACAUCGAAAACAAGAGUGGUCGUUUACCACCAAGAGAAAUAGACUAAAAAUUUAAUUAUUUUGGAAGCUAACGAACUUUAUUACCUUACCUAUUACUAUAAUACAAAUUUAUUAAAAUUUUUAAAAGCAUUUUUUAUUAAUUUGAAAGUACUGUAAGAUCCGAUUUCUUUCCAAUGAAUAUUUAUUACAUAAAACAAGUGAUUUUUUAUAUUUUCUAAUAAAUAUUUAUUACACACCGUU